UAAAUAAACAAAAUAUUCAAAUGUCUUGUAUUGGUGUUUUGAACUGUUCUGUAUUUUCUGAAGGAAAUUUUACUAAACAAUUAUCUUUUAACUAUUGUGUGCAUUACAUCUGCUCAAAAUGCUUUCAACAAAAUGAUGAACAUUUGUAUGAAAGACCUGAUAAAUCCAAAAAAUUCCAACUAAAAACUAAACUUGAAAAACAUCAUGAUGAUGCUAGUGAUAUUCUAAAGCUUGUUGAAAAAUAUAUAAUAUUAGUAGUAGAUUUAGAUAAUCAUGAGCUGCAAGAAAGACUUCUAAUUAAAAUAUUUUUAGCAUUAACUAUUUUUAAUAAUGAAAUAAUAAAUGAAGAAAUAAAAACAGAAAAAUCUCCAAGUAAAAAAUUAGGAAAAGAAAUUCUACAUUUAUAUUUUGAAGUUAAAGAAAAUAUAAACUAUUUAAAAAAUCUAAGCUUAUAUGAAGAAUACUUUAAUACAUUAACUAAACAAAAUACCUUAAUUCUAAAACAAACUUUUUCUUCUGUUAAUCCUUUAAAAUGUUUGCAUUGUACUACUUUGAAAGUAGAAAAAACAAUACUUUUACAAUUACUUAAACUUGAAAAUACAAUAUCUAACAACAAAAUUCAAGCAGUAUCAGAUCUUAAUACAGUUUCUUUAGAUUGA